AGUCAUGUGACGGCACGUGACGUCACAACGAAUUUUUACACAGUCUGACCCGUGUCAGAGUGAUUUUUUUCGUACUUGCAACGACGUCGCAGUCCAAAAUUUUUGCGUGUGUCGCUCAGUAUUAUUUGAAACGGAAAAAUUCUCGAAAUUUGCUGUGCACUUUUCCAAGGUAGAGGAAAUCAUCGCGUAGAGAAGAAAAUUCAUUCCGCAAAAUGAACACCCAUCAAGCACAACGGGAACAUGUCCUUGCCGUUUCCCGGGACUUUAUCUCGCAGCCACGAUUGACCUACAGGACGGUGUCCGGUGUGAACGGUCCUCUGGUCAUUCUCGAUGAGGUAAAGUUCCCCAAGUUCGCUGAGAUCGUGCAGCUGCGUCUGGCCGAUGGCACCGUCCGUUCUGGUCAAGUGCUGGAGGUGAGCGGCUCCAAGGCUGUCGUCCAGGUGUUUGAGGGCACAUCGGGCAUUGAUGCGAAGAACACCCUGUGCGAGUUCACCGGCGAUAUUCUGCGUACGCCCGUUUCUGAGGAUAUGUUGGGUCGUGUGUUCAACGGCUCUGGCAAACCAAUCGACAAGGGUCCACCAAUUUUGGCUGAGGACUUUUUGGAUAUUCAGGGUCAGCCCAUUAAUCCCUGGUCGCGUAUCUAUCCCGAGGAAAUGAUCCAGACCGGUAUCUCUGCCAUUGAUGUGAUGAACUCGAUUGCCCGUGGUCAGAAGAUUCCCAUCUUCUCGGCGGCUGGUCUGCCGCACAACGAAAUCGCUGCCCAGAUCUGUCGUCAGGCCGGUCUCGUCAAGCUGCCCGGCAAAUCGGUGCUUGAUGAUCACACCGAUAACUUUGCCAUCGUGUUCGCCGCUAUGGGUGUGAACAUGGAGACGGCGCGUUUCUUCAAGCAAGAUUUCGAGGAGAACGGUUCCAUGGAGAAUGUGUGCCUGUUCUUGAAUUUGGCCAACGAUCCAACCAUUGAGCGCAUCAUUACCCCACGCUUGGCCCUGACCGCUGCCGAAUUCUUAGCCUACCAGUGCGAGAAGCACGUGCUUGUCAUCCUCACGGACAUGUCCUCGUACGCCGAGGCUCUGCGUGAGGUGUCUGCUGCCCGUGAGGAGGUGCCCGGUCGUCGUGGUUUCCCCGGUUACAUGUACACCGAUUUGGCCACCAUUUAUGAGCGCGCUGGUCGUGUAGAGGGUCGCAAUGGCUCCAUUACGCAGAUUCCCAUUCUAACUAUGCCCAACGAUGAUAUUACCCAUCCAAUUCCCGAUUUGACUGGCUAUAUUACCGAGGGCCAGAUCUACGUCGAUCGUCAACUGCACAACAGACAGAUCUACCCGCCAGUGAAUGUGCUGCCAUCGCUGUCGCGUUUGAUGAAGUCCGCCAUUGGUGAGGGCAUGACACGCAAGGAUCACUCGGAUGUGUCCAAUCAGCUAUACGCUUGCUAUGCCAUCGGCAAGGAUGUCCAGGCCAUGAAGGCUGUCGUCGGUGAGGAGGCUCUGACGCCCGAUGAUUUGCUCUACUUGGAGUUCUUGACAAAGUUCGAAAAGAACUUCAUCUCGCAGGGUAACUACGAGAACCGCACUGUCUUCGAAUCCUUGGACAUUGGCUGGCAGCUGCUGCGUAUUUUCCCCAAGGAGAUGCUCAAGCGUAUUCCAGCCUCCAUUUUGGCUGAAUUCUAUCCUAGGGACUCGCGCCAUUAGAUUCUGUUUAAAAAUUUGUUUUGUUUUUGAUUUAUGUCCAAAAUUUUGUUUCAUUCAUAAUUUAAGCUGGCGGCGCAGCGUGCGGCACGCCUCCUUCUGCAAUAAUCCGCUGUGUAUGCGUCUAUAUAUAUACAUAAAACUACAAUUACAAUAUAUAGCCCACGAAACGGAUAUUAAUAAUAUCGUACAUAAUAUCUACAUACUUAUACAAAUUUUGAUUUGUGUAUACAUAUAUAGAGAGCCGAAGCGCGCAGCCUAAACAAUAACUAGUUAAAUAUUGUCCUAAUCACAAAAUGAGCGGAAACUAUUUUAAUGAAUGUGUGUUUUAGCUAACAAAUUUGUCAAACAAUCCCAAAAAGUGUACAUAAAUUCAAUUAAUUGUCCUCAAUCCCACACAAAACAAAACAGGAACUCCUUACACAUUUUGUUGCCGACCCGUCGAUCAUUUGUUAAAGUUUAACCCAAUUUUUGUUAGGUUUUAAGUGUGUGUGCUCUGUAAAUUGCUUAUUGAUUUCUGAUUUCAAAUGUUUCUUGGAUUUGAUUUAUUUUAUUUCGUUCGCAUACAGAAUCGUAGCAUUCCAAAACCAAAUUAAAGAAUAUAUAUUUUUGUUGCUUCGCUUUUGCUCUUCUUUUGUCCAUUUUUUUUUGUUCAAAUUUAAGACGUUAUUUCAGUUCGCACAAGUAUUAAACACGUUCUCUUUUCUGUACCCGCCCGUACCCUGGCCUGGUCUCCCUGUCACCCGUCCCUCACUGUUCCCUGCACCGAACUUUGUGAACAAUUUGUACAGCAAACUAAACUCAACAAAAACUAAACAAUGAAAUAUUAAGUGCAAAACUGCUUUAAAUGAAAAACAAAAACAAAAAAUUAAAAUGGUUUUAAAAAAAAAUAUUUACGAAAAAUUACAUAUGCAAUAAUAUUGAUUAUUUGUUUGUUUAAUGUCCUAAAGUAAAUAGAAUGUUAUUUAAAGUUGAAA